AUGAACCCUCAUCAGCAAAACAAAAUUGAUAUCAACUCGCUGAGCCCGGACGAGCAACGACUAUUCCGGCUCUAUGGCAAAAUGCCUACCAAGAAGGAUCUGCUGCAGAACAAGCUGAAAGAACGAAAAUACUUCGACUCAGGAGACUAUGCACUCAGCAAAGCCGGAAAAGCCUCAGACGUUGGCGUCACCAGCAUCGGAUCCCGCCAUCCCCUCCCAGAAAACAUUCCCCACCUGACCGCCGCCUCCCCGCCGCAGAACAGCAACAUCCCCAGCCCCUUCGGCAAUGGCCAACACUCCAGUCUCCAGCCUCAUGGAGUCUCAAAUAAUAGUUUUCACACCAGCGUCAGCCGCAGUCCCAUCAAAGAGAGCAGCUUCCUGAACCGCGAAACUAGCUUCGACGACGAACCGGAGCAACAGAAAACGGGGGCGGCGUCCACAUCGCCGGAUGCGAAGAAGGGUACAACUGUUUCUACAACUACUAAAGGACAAGAGGGGAGUGCGGAGACUAGUCCGCCACGGCAUAAAGAGGGACUUCCGAUACGACGAUGA